UCCAAAGUUCGUCUUCUGGACAACAUAGUCUUGGUGCUUUCUUUCCAUCAUGUUUCGAGCUUCACCUCUCGCACCUUGCCGGUAACCACCUCUUCCACCCACUCGCGAGCAAAAACCCCCUCCUCGCUUGCAGGCCAUUAGCAAGGGUCUGGCCCAUCCAUAUGGACGAACUGUGGCUUUCGUACCCCGUGGCAGGCCAGCCUGUGGACCACGGACACAAAGGCUAUGCCCACGAUGAAGGUUGUGUCCCGGCUAAGAACGUCCAGCCGGAAUGGCUGGAUCUGGAUUUUGGCCAGUUCUACGGCACCGGCGCGGCGCCCAUGGCCCAUUACCACGGCGAGUAUGCCAGCCACGAUACCAGCUGUCUUGACGGCAGUGGCUGUCCGAGACUUGGACUCGACCCAGGCGUGAACGACAAAGAAGACCUCGCUGCUGUCAUGCCACAGCAGCAGCCGCCGCCGCCUAGCUUCGACGUUUUGGCGCAAUCCUCGAUGCCCUACCAGGCUUUCUCCGCCUCGCUAGGUGACUUCAACACUACCUUGCCUCCUCGGGUCCACACGCCAGAUCCGACGCUGUUGGGCGCGGCUUCGAUAUCACCUCUAUCACAGGUUUCGAGAUCACCGGAAGAUCAUCUGCAUCACAUUUCCGAGGAGGAUGCAGACUCCGAUGCGGACAGUCUGGGCUCUUGUGAUAGCCACUGCCUUGGAAGCGGAGGCGCAUGCAGUGCAGGUACCUGUGCUGACAUACUCUUUGAAGACGAGGAAACUGCAUGUAGAGAUGAGAACUGCCAGAAGCCUAUCGUUGAACCCGAUGUUGCCCAUAGCGCUUUCAUCCUGCAAGGGAUCAGCGGAGCAAUGCAACAACAAGCAGAGAACCCGCAACUCAAUCGCAACACAUUCCAACAAACGAUGGUGGAUUCGACGACGAAUCACAUCCACACUGCUCAGUCUCAGUCCUUCGGGCAGUCGUAUCAAUUCCCAUUUCAUUUCCAGGCCGGGUUUCCCGCUGCUUCUUCACACACUCUCCAAGGUAACACUGCUAGACAUAGUGAGGGCAAUGUCGUUGGCGGUCAAGAGUUUUCUGGAAACUUCCCCCAGAAUUUCCACCAAUUUCACGAGCUGCCCCCGUCUCUAGCCAGUUCCCAGGUUCAGUACGCCAAUGCACUUGACAAUUCGCAGACCAUGAGCCUGGCGCAGCAAUUGGAUUCCAAUACCAAUGUUUUCAGUUGGGCUCCUCUUUACGACACUCAAGGCGCCUUCGUCAAUGCUGUUGAGCAAGUCUAUGACCAGCAGGCAUUGCGGGAGAAUACCUCCACGGCCCUUGAUCCAGGCCUUUCAGACACAAACCAUUCUCAAUGGCUUCCAGGCUCGACGCAGAAUUUUCAAUUCAGCGAACCCCUGGAUGAAAACUUGCUUGGAAUAAGCCAAGAACAGGGCUCGUCAAGUAACCUCCCGACCGGCACACAGGAGAGUGUUACUACCAUGAGUGACGACUUCUCACCCACAAGCCGCGACCAAUCUUCGCCAUCCAAGAGUCUCGGAAGCGUGGCACGCACGAUAUCACCCGUUUCAGAUUACUCUAUGAAGGGUAUUUCGGUCGGCUCCGAGAGCAUGUCCCGGGAGAUUGAGGCUCACGUGUGUCAGUGGCGACUCGCUGACAACCGAAUCUGUGGGCAGCAGUUCAGCUCCCACAGCCUGCUCCAUGAUCACGUCGACGACACGCAUUUCCACGCCCUGAAGCCUACCAGUGAACACGGUCUCGUGUGCUUGUGGGAUGGCUGCGAUCGUCUUACCAAUGACAAGUAUGCCGACAAACGAGGGUUUGACACAAAGUCGAAGCUUCGUCGACACAUUGAAACCCACACUGGGCCCAGUACGUUUUGA